ACCUGUAUUGUCUACCUAACUCCAGUGCUUAUUUAAGUAUGGUACUGUACUGUUUUUAGAAAUGAAGGGGAUCCAGCGUUCAUUUAACCCAUCCUUACCUGUUGCCUGGAACAUACACUACAUUUUCCUACGUGAAUGAUCUGGUCUUUUUGAAAAUGAGGCAGUCUCAUCAAUUCCUGUGUAACUAAUACUGUACUCAAUAUCUAAAUAGUAAUUUUUGGUUGGUCCUUAUUCUUACAUCAGUCAAGAAGCAGAGACUGUUUUUGACAAGAUUACAGUUCACAUAUUUAAAACUUUUGCUGUGACACACACAUGCAUGCAAACCCUCCCUCCCCUCUCACCAUAGCUUCAGUGUGUACCAUCAGCCCUGGCCGCCCAGCUCAGAUAAUAUGGGCCUGUAGUUAUCUGGUGUGAACUCCAUCGCUCCAAGUUGUCUCUGAGGGAAGUUUAUCCUCUGUCUUUGGUGACUGUUCUGUAGAUACUCUAUUUCAGUCAGUUCUGGGUUGGCUUCCUGGCAGAAUUGCGGGAACUGGUCUUUUGUUUGUUUCUGGAGGUAUUGGUGUCACUAACCUGUCCAAGUGGGAUUCCAGAACAAUGUAGAAAAGCCCACAUCUUACUCAGACAAGCUCUGGGAUGUUUUUAUUCCCCUCUUAUAAUAUUCCAUUGCCAAAGAAGCCUACGGUCUGGUCCACUAAAAAUGUUGUGUGUGCCAGAGGUAAUGAAAAAGGAUCCCUACAGCCUGCUUCACCACUCCCAAAACAAAGGGGAGACCCUCCAGCUUCAACAGCAGUAGGUGAUGUGCUGUCGGUCCCAGCCCCUGCAGUUCAGGCUGAACAAUCUAUAAAAACUGAUCACCCUGAAAUUGGUGAAGGAAAAGCUCAAGCCUAUAACUUCAUGGGAAGCAUGCUGCACUUCUGUAAUGGAGCAACCAUUGGAGCAGCUUGCUUUGCACAACAAGAAAAGAAAGAACAAAUUAAGCUUGAGUCUUUAGAAGAUGUUCUGAGCCAAAUUGCUUGCACCACUCAGCAGGCCAUUGUAGCUCAGAAUGCUGCAGUCCAGGCUGUCAUCACCCACUGCAGCAUAUUGAAAGUAGCUGUGGAUGGUUCUGAGGUUGCAGGUGAGAAGUCAGGUCAGUGGUGCACAGUGGAGGGUGCAUUGAAGGAAUCCAGAAAGGCAGUAGAUAAGGCUGCCAUAUCCUUCUCAAAGCCAAAGGCCAGUUAGAGAAGAUGUUAAGUAUUAUUGAAAAUGCAAAGAGAUAAGAGGUUGCUGUGGCCAAAUCUCAUAAAACUGCUACAGAGGGGAAACUUCACAACAUUAUAGUUGAUCUGCAUAAUGUGGUCCAAAAUGUUGAACCAGCUCAGACUGAAGCUAAAGUUGUGUCUCAGUAUCAUGAGCUAGUGGUCCAAGCCCAGGAUGACUUCAAGCAAGAACUGGACAGUAUUACUCCAGAAGCCUUGCCAGGGUGGAAAGGGAUGAUUCUCACUUAGCUGACAAGAAAUCUUCCAAUGAUCUUGUUAGAAGUUGUCCAUUAUCUAUGGAUCUUUUCACUCUUUGUCUUAGUAACAUUUUUAUAAAUUUUGCUUUAGUUUUUUCCUUAAGUGUUAAUGUUAUCAAAUAUAUUUUUAUUCUUGAAAAGAAAUGGA